CAGACUACUACUAUAGGAUAGCCUAUGCUCAAAGGCUUGUGUUGAACAAAUGUGAAGCCCUUCACUACGCCAAUUCACCAGUUUUGACGUAGGCAGCAUGUCCGUUCUCGCCUUGACGUAGGCUGUUUGCACUACAGAUGAAAGUAGUGAUAAGAAAUAAUGAGGAUAGUAAACCUAAGUCAUAGACCUCAGUUUGGACAAUCUGCACUUCACAAAGGAACACCCUAGUGCCGAUAAUGUUGCGUAAACACAUAUCGCCUAGUAGUGAUAUCUUUUGGAAAGUUAUGCAAACGUUAGUUCUAAGUUCCCUUGGUACCUGUCAAAUCUGUCACAGAGCAAUUUUUGUCGAUCAUGGAUAACGUUAAUUCUCAGCAAUCCAAUGAAAAUAAGAUUUUUAAAGUUGAAGAAGAACUGCUAGUUAUUCCGUACUCUGAAAUCGCAAAUGUAAAUAAUAUCUAUACAGCUUCAAACAUGGAAGAUGUUUAUGCUAAGCUACCCAACUACAUCAAUGUAGAAUCGACAGAUUCUCCUGAAAAACAAGAAAGCCAUGUAGUUGAAGAAAAACUACACUAUGUUGAGCCUGAAAAUUAUUUUCAGUCGGUGGAAAAAAGUCCCCUUGUUUUACCAUUAAGAAGUAUUUUUGGAGAUAUUUUUGCAACCGAUUCACCUCCUCAAGGAAUAGUUGUUAUUCUGAGGAUGGCUAAACGAUUGUUCAAGAAAACUAAUUGGACUUUAUGUCAUUGGAUCCAUCCUACAGCUUCGACCCUACAAAUUAAACAGAUUUUAGAUGACAUAUGGGAAACUUCUUCUCAUGGUUAUAAGGAGUUUUUCAUUUGGCAGGUUUUGCCGUUACCGGAUAUCUACAAUAUGUUUAAUCCUCGAAUUGAAAUAGCACCACCUAGACGUAGAAAAAAUCGAAGAUUAGACCUGGUUAAAAUAUUACCACCACCAAAACCGAUAGCUGGAGUGUCUGGAGUUCAAGACUUUAAUAAAAAAUGUGGUGAAGCUCAAAGUACCAUUGUCUCUAGUAUUUUGAUUGAAUCAAAAACUGGUAUCGAGAAUAACGAGAAUGAACCGCCACAAAAAAAGCCAAAACUAAACCCCGAAAAGAUUGAACAAGAAUCAAAAUCAAGCUUGAGCAGUCAGGACCGCGAGCUACUGGAAUCAGUAGAUGAGUUCAAGAAAAUCUUUGAACAUUCUUAUUGAAUUAUUUUAUUUGUAAAUGUUAUUUAAGUUAAGUAAAACUAAGUUUUCUUUUACAAUAGUACACUUAUUUUAUUAUUUUCCAUUUAAGCUAUGUCAACUCUAACAAUAUGUCCAUCGGCACAUCCAACAUACAUUUGAUUUUGCUCGCCACCAGCCAAACUAAUAAUGACCAAUCCAACAUCCAAAGUUCCUUCGUUGUUUGGACCGUUAUUUUUAAUUAUCCAUCGUUUCAAGAGUUUGUCCCAGCCACCGCUAAAAAAUUGCUCUUGAUUGUUCCAUAUAACUCCUUCUAAGGCGUUUAUGAUCAUGUCAGAUCCAU